CCCAGCCCACCAAAUCCGGCCAGCACGACGUCACCACCUCCAUCGUUUCCUCCGGCGGUGACACAACCGCUAGCUGCCUCUCCAUCUCCCUCUGCUGGCAACGGCGAGGCGCUGCCGCCAUGGUUCUGCCGCUUUCUCACCGUCAGUGGAAGACCGGCGAUUCAGCGCCGUUGCCCCAUUCACGAUGCUGCCGCCGCUGUCACCCGAUUUCCGCCGACAGGUGUUGCUGUUGCCGCUGCUGUCUGAGAUCGGUGGUCAAAACGCCUGCUGGAGGAACGCCGCCGCCGUUAGCUCGUCCGAAGUCGCCGCCAACUACCGCUGCUGUUUCGCCGGAGUCGCGGCCUGGAGCUGCUGCAGCUCAUUCGGUGGUCAGUGGCUCGUUGGAGGAGCGCCGCCGUCGGCCGCUGCUGUUGACAGCAAGAGCCCGGUAGCCGCCUCUCCCGGAGCCGCCGUCGCCGUGAGUCGCAGAGCUCCGACAGUCCACUACCCUCUCAAUCCAUUUAAUCGAUUCUCAAUCGGACAAGGCAAGGAGGAACUUAGGAAGAAACUGGAGAGGAUCAGGUCAAUCUUACCUCUCGAAUCUUGCAGCAAUUAUGACAACUUCCUCAAGCUGUUGAUGCGUAAAGAGAGAAGGAUUUGGUGGGUGAUAUAAUAAGGAGUGAAGUU